AUGCUCAAAGGCGGUCUUCUCAGCAAGGGCGCUGGGUUAGCUCUGCUUACAGCAACAGGUACCGCUCACGCAUUAGCUUCUCUCCCACGAGACAUUGCAAGCUGCUGCAACAUCCUCCGGAGUGCUGGCCUCGAACAUGUGUAUAUGCCCAACGAUGUAGCCUACUCGCAGCGGAUAGAGUCGUACUGGUCACUCACCUCACAGCUCCAUCCAUAUUGCAUUGUGCAGCCGUCAGACACUUCAGAGGUGGCCAAAGCGCUCACGGUCUUAACCCAAGAGACAUCCUGUAACUUUGCUGUGCGCAGCGGCGGCCAUUCGUCGAAUGCAGGCGCCAACAACAUCGACAAAGGCGUAACCAUCGAUCUCGGACUGAUGAACACGACAACCUACAAUGCCACCGGCGGCGUCGUCUCCAUCCAGCCCGCCGCGCGCUGGCUCAGCGUGUACCAGACAACCGAUGCUCUCGACGUCGGUGUCCUCGGAGGCCGUCUUAGCACCGUGGGCGUCGGGGGCUUAGUGACGGGCGGCGGCUUCUCAUUCUACCUAUACCAGCGGGGCUUAGUCUGUGACAGCGUGCAGGGCUUCGAAGUUGCGCUCGCCAACGGUACAAUCGUUGAGGCCAACCGGGGCGUAAACGCGGAUCUCUACACCGUGCUGAAAGGCGGCUCAGGCAAUUUUGGUAUCGUCACGCGCAUAGACAUGGAGGCCUUCGAGCGGACGCCAAUAUGGGGUGGCACGAGGACGUACGCGGCCGACGCUACCGAAGACCACAUACUUGCCAUUGUGGACUGGACUGACAACAUUGAGAAUUACCAGAAUGGCUCUGCCGUCAUCUUCUGGACAUACAAACCCAGCGAUGGCGCCAUCAUUGUCAAUUCUGUGCUUACGGAUGUGGGAGGCGUUGUUGCUGCACCAGCCUUCGACAGAUUUUUGGCUAUUCCGGGAAAUACUUCUUCCACCCUGAGUCUAACCAAUAUGUCGACCUUGGCAACUGGGACCCAGGCGGAGGGCUACCGGAAUGUCUGGUUCACCCUAACCUUCCGAAACAACGAGGCUGUUAUCAGGAAAGCCGUCGAACUCCACGAGGCCUUGGUCAAUGAACUCCUACAAGAGGUGGUUGAUGGCGAUUUCGAGACGCAGUGCUUUUUCCAACCGUUUCCGGCUGUGGUGGGCAAGCACUCCGCCGAGAGGGGCGGCAACAUUCUAGGCGUCGAUGCUAUUACGGAAAACGCCAUUGUAUGGCUGGGGUCCCUUGCUGUAAACGGUGUCGACGGGGAAACGCUUGCAAGACGGAAGAUGCAAGCAUGGAAGGACGCUAUUGAAGAGUAUAGCAGGAGCGUCGGCGCUUACAUUGGCUUCCGCUACGCAAACUACGCUGACCAGUCUCAGGACGUGAUGUCAAGCUAUGGAAAACACAACGUAAAGAAAAUGCUUGAGGUAUCGGAAAAGUAUGAUCCGAAUCGUGUAUUCCAAGCUCGCGCUCCCGGCGGCUUCAAACUGCCCAGCGAUGCUAUUGUGUUGUAA